AUAUGCAGAGGUAAAUACUGUAUGUGCGGAGGUAAAUAUUGUAUAUGCAGAGGUAUCGCUGACCUCUUUCUGUAACCCCAGUAACGGUUUACAAGAGUCGUUAAUCGUCUGGAGCGUUGAUAACUCCAACACGCCUUUAAGUGUUUGUUCUCCCGUCGUUACUGCGCUGAGAAGGUCAGAGGGAAGGAAUGACCAGCGUCAAAGGUAGGAACGCCACACCUGUAGAGCCCAGCCAUGUCCUUCUCUGACCUGUCCAUCACGCGGAAACACUCCCUAGGCGAAGAAAACGGCUCAGCCGAUCACCUGGCCUACAGAAACUCCCACGCCAUGAGCGGCAUAGACAACUUGGAGUUUUCGGACAUUGCGAAGAAAGACGACGCAAACGCUGACGUCACGCCUAGCUACCAGAACGCUGCUGACGUCACGGUUCCCAUGGAGACGGUGGUGCCGAAGUGGCGCAUCUGGAAGAAUCUUCUUGUCAUCUGUAUCGCGUUCCUCUUCAACUUCACGGCCUUCCAGUCCCUACAGAACCUCCAGAGCAGCUUGAACUACAGCGAGGGCCUGGGCGUCGCCUCUCUCAGCGUCAUCUAUGCCAGCCUGAUCGUGUCGUGCAUCUUCGUGCCGCCCAUCUUGAUCGGUAAGAUCGGCUGUAAGUGGACCCUGGUGGUCUCCAUCUUCUGGUACUCCGUCUUUACCGCGGGAAACUUCUACGCGUCAUGGUACACGCUGAUGCCGAUGUCGGUGACGCUGGGUCUGGCCGCCGCGCCGCUCUGGACGGCCAAGAGCAAGUACGUCACGACCAGCGGGAUCCGGUACGCGGGCAUGGUGGGGGAGACACAGGAGGACGUCAUCACCAUGUUCUUCGGUAUCUUCUUCAUGGUGUUCCAGUCUGGCCAGAUCUGGGGUAACCUGAUCUCCUCCCUGGUGCUGGAGCGCAGGAACGUGACGAAGGACUACAUUCCGAGUAAACUUUACGUUAUAUCUCUGUACUUCAACCCAACCAGGAUCUACCUUGGCUGCGGGCUGUUUGCGGUGCUGGUUCUGGCGGUGUUCCUGGACAAGCUGAAGUCUGAGGGAGAGGAGAAGAAGCCGGGGCUGGAGCUGCUCAUCGCCACGCUCAAACACCUGAAGGACGACCGGCGGCAGGUGCUUCUGGUGCCCAUCACUAUCUACAGCGGGCUGGAGCAGGCCUACGUGUCAGGGGACUACACUAAGUCGUUCGUGAGCUGUGCGCUGGGUAUCGAGUGGAUCGGUUACGUCAUGAUCUGUUACGGCGUGUGCGACGCUUUCUUCUCUUUCCUGCUGGGCCGGCUCAUCAAAUUCACAGGAAGACUCCCGUUGUUUAUAACCGGCGCAGUGGCCCAUCUCGCCAUGAUCAUCACGAUGCUGGUGUGGAGCCCCAACCCGAACCAGCUGCCGGUGUUCUUCGUGCUGGCCGCCUGCUGGGGGCUCGGGGACGCCGUCUGGCAGCUGGAGAUCAACGCCCUGUACGGCUACCUGUUCCGUAAGAACCAGGAAGCGGGUUUCUCUAACUAUCGACUGUGGGAGUCUCUGGGUUUUGUGGUGGCGUUCGCCUACAGCAACUUCAUCUGUACCAACGUCAAACUCUACAUCCUACUGGGGGUGCUGGUGCUGGGCAUGAUGGGAUAUGCCGUGGUGGAGUAUAACGAGAAGCAAGACCCGGAGGAGGCUGAUACAAAAAUGUAGAAUGAAUGAAUGGAUGAACGAAUGAAAGGAUGAAUGAAUAAAUGA